GAAUCCCGGACGGCCGCCGGAGCGCGAUGCUCGCCGCGAGCACCGCCGGCUGCCGCAUGCCAUGGCUCGCCGCCGGUUUCCGACCACCCCGAUACUCCGGCGUGCGCCCGCGUCUACGGCGCCGCGUCCCAGCCAUCCUCCCCAGGCGCCCCCUUCGUCUCCGGUACACCACUCCUCCAAUCUCGAAACAACCAUGGCUAUCUUCCUUUUUUUCCCCAUUUUUUUUCCCACGAAAACCAACCAACCAAUAGCUAUCCAAGUCUCUUCCCUUUCGUCUGGUAUUUUAGAGUUGAAAAGCGUUUCAUCACUUCUUGUAUGCUAGAGGAUUUCAUUUUCAGGACGAGAACGACUACACAUUUCCAAAAUUCCUGCAAAAUCUGCCUGAUGGGUUCUAAAAUGAUUAAAUCCUGUAUGGACAAAUGAUUAGUCGUCCUUUGCUAGUUUGGCGGCCGCAGCGCAUUCAUUAGCAAUCUGCCGACACUUGACUGCGUCCUUCAUAUGCGGCGAAUUCUCCAGGCAUCACUGCAUCCACGAAAAUUCCUCUUGAGAAAUCAGUUGACUGACUCCACUUGCAGGAUAAAUCGACCAAUGCGCUGCUUCCCUGUACAUUUCUCGAAGAAAAUGACUGGUUGGGCCACGUGGGUUCGAUCCCAGUCGCGCUCGUACGAACCACACGCUCACUCUGUCCAAACUCCAAAGUCACGAAGAAAGAAAUAGUCGUACGGACAGCGGGUGCCGAAACUCGAGGGGACAGAGAAAAAGGCCCCUUGUGGCCGGAGAAGUCAGUCCUGGUGGCCAUCGCCGGCGUUGAGGUCCUGAAACUGGUGGGAGCCUAUCGCUGAGGCGCGCUUGAGACAGGGCAUUCAGCAUUAAGGGAUCUGUAAUGUUGGCAUACAACAGAACUUGCAGAAAAUAAGAUUAUGACUGGAAAUAUCGCACGAUGCGAUGAUAAAUUGAAGUUUGAAGUAGACAUCCAUCAGAAUAUUAAGGUUUUCGCAGAAGAUGAGAUUAAAUGGAUUACUAGAAACUUUAGCAUUCAAAUCGGAAAAGGUGGCUUCGGAGAAGUGUAUAAAGGGAUUCUUGAUGAUGACUAUGAUGUUGUUGCAGUGAAGAGAUAUAUCAGCAAAGAUUUAAGAAAAGAGUUUAUGGAAGAAGUAAGCAUCCAUAGUCAAAUGAGUCACAAAAAUGUGGUGGAGCUCAUAGGCUAUUGUAUUGGGGAAAGUACUCUAAUGAUUGUUACUAAGUAUAUCUCCAAAGGAAACCUGGAUGACAUACUCCACGACAGUGAAAUUCCCAUCCCUUUGGAUGUAAGACUGGGUAUUGCUAUAGGGUGUGCAGAAGCAUUGAGCUAUAUGCAUUCAAUGCAUUUAUCAAGCGACAGCCUUGUUUGUCAUGGUGAUAUUAAGCCUGCCAACAUACUUCUAGAUGGCAAUCUGACAGCAAAAUUGUCUGACUUUGGAGUGUCAAGGCUUCUUUCAGGUGGUGUCACUCAGUACACUGUACAUAUAAAAGGAAGCGUAUCUUACAUGGAUCCUAUAUACUUUCAGGAGGGCUGUCUUACUCCGAGGAGUGAUGUUUAUAGUUUUGGAAUAGUUCUCUUGGAACUAAUAGCUCGAAAAAGGAUAAGAAAAGGUGACAUUAACCUUAUUGGAUCGUUCAAUAAAGCCUGUGCAAAUGGGAAAGGUAGAGAAAUAUUUGAUGCUGCAAUAGCAAAUGAGAACAAUAUGAAGAUUCUAAAAGAAAUGAAGAAAUUGGCUACUGAAUGCCUAACACUGGACAUUCAUAAACGUCCUCAGAUGAAUGUGGUGGCAAAACGCCUUCGGAUACUUAAAAAGGAAUUAAAGAACAUACAUGAAAAAUAUUCGGAACCCAUUUUGGCAUCGCACCACUCAUGGCGCAAAAACUACAAGCAGGACAUAUCCAUGCCCAGCUAUAAUUCUAGAAUGCAGCUUAAGAAGAGUUUGAGCAUUUUCAAAAGAAAUCGUAGCAAUUCUAAGAUUCUAUCGGAGCCUGGCAAUGUGAGAAUUUUCACACAGGAGGAGCUAAAUGAUGUCACAAAUUACUCGUAUUUACUCAGUGGAGGUACUUCAGGUAAGGUUUACAAAGGAACGCUUGAAGACAAUACCGUGGUAGCGGUGAGGAUAUUUUCUGAGGUACUUGAGAGCUUUGAACAGGCGUUUAUCAAUGGAGGGAUGAUCUUAUCUCAAAUUAUGCAUAAGAACAUCAUCAGACUUUUGGGCUAUUGCUUGGAUGCUGAUUGUCCAGCUUUUGUCUAUGAGUAUGCUGCUAAAGGUAGUCUCUCUGACAUUCUAGAUGGCCAUGAAUAUUUCCCGCUACAUUUACGUGUGAAGAUUGCAGUUCAGACUGCAGAAGCAUUAGAAUAUCUCCAUUCCUCAGCAACUGGUAUCAUCAGACAUGGUUAUGUUGUACCAUCCAAAAUACUUCUUGAUGACAAUUUCACGCCAAAGCUCACAGGCUUUUCAUGGGCUCGGAGGCUUAUCAAGGAGAGUAACAUUACUGCCGGUGACGAUGUAAUUUGUUGUCAGCUUCCCUCAAGCGGGCUCAACAAUGACCCAAUUCAUGAUCAGCGUGCGUUGCUCAAAUUGAAAACCGAUGUGUACCAGUUUGGUGUUCUUCUCUUGACACUCAUUAGUAGGAAGAACUUCAUAUUUUACGCGGAUCACGAACCCCUCAUCUUACAAUUUCGCGCAGCUUACCAGGCAGAUAACAGAGGAAGGCCAUUGUUUGAUGAUGACAUCGCAGCUCGUGCUGAAGAUAUUGCUCUCCUUGAAGAGAUCGGGAGGCUAUCACUUAAAUGUGUCUGUCUGGAAAUAGAUCAGAGACCAACAAUGAAGGAAGUGGCAGAACACCUUAGGACACUUAGGACAUCUUGGAAGAAGUCCUUGGAAGAAGUCCUUGGCCAAGGGAGCUACACUGGUGUCUGAAACUGUAAUUAAAUCUCAUAUCGCCGAUGCUGAAGGCACUAAACUCGACAGGCUACUCGGUUCAGAUAUUAGAGAUUGAACCUCGUGUACAUAUUGUGUGUGAUGUGUUGUAUUGUUAUCAGAACAUCUUGCCCGCACUGCAAUUUGCAAUUAUGCUGUCAGUCGGAUGAUGUUAUCUGAACUAGCGUGCACUCUGCAUCUCACGCUGUCGAUGACAUGAUGUUAUUAUCUGAAUUUGUUCUGCUAACAGAUGUAGAAAAUUUAUGUUCAGUGUUGGUAGUGUUGUUUCCUGAACAGAUAAAAUGUGCAGAAAUACUAUGUGAUCUACAAGCUAUAUAUGUGGUCUUUUGUUCC